GCGGGCUCCAGCUCCCGGGCUGAGAAGAGACAAGCCGGUGGGGGAGGGUCGAGCUUUUCUUUUUCGGUGGCGCUCCCUCCCUCCCCCGGCUGAGAAGAUGUUAUGGCCGAGCUGGCGGAGAAGGGCAGCGGCUGCCUAGGGACGGCGGGCGGGCGGCAGCAGCAGGAUGGGGGGGCGGUGGAUGGCGGGGGGCCGGAGGAGGAGGCGGCGGCGGCCGGGGCCGCUAACCCCCCUAACUACGAGGACUACGAGUGCAAGAUCUGCUACAAUUACUUCGACCUGGAGCGGCGCGCGCCCAAGCUGCUGGAGUGCCUGCACACCUUCUGCCAGGAGUGCCUGAGCCAGCUGCACCUGCGGGCCGCCCAGCGCCCCCCGCCCGCGCAGCCCGGCCCGCCCGGCGCCGCGCCAUGGCGAGCCGGGGCCAGCGGCACCAUCUGCUGCCCGGUGUGCCGCCACCGCACCGCCCUGCCCGACCAGCGCGUGCACAGCCUGCCCGUCAACACCAAGCUGGCCGAGGCCUUCCCCCUGCAGCUGCGGGCCCGCGACCCGCUGCCCCAGGACAGCCUGCCGCCCGCGCCGCGCCCCGCCGCCGGCCCCCAGCCGCGCCCCGCGCCCCACGAGGCGGGCCCAGCCCCGCGGCCGCAGCGCCCCGGCCCGCGCUCCUCGGGCGGGGGCUACGAGAGCUGCCAGAGCUGCAAGCGGGCGGCGCUGAGCGCGGGCUGCGUGUGCGUGGUGUUCUCCUUCCUCUCCAUGGUGGUGCUGCUCUUUACCGGCCUCAUCUUCGUCAACCAGUACGGGGGGGAGCCGGGGCCCGGCAGCCCGGCCUCGCCCUCCCCCUCCCCCGUGGGGCCCAUCUGCCUCUCGGUCGCCAGCAUCCUCGCCCUCUUCUCCGUCGUGGUCACCUGGCUCAUCUGCUGGCUCAAGUACCGACCCGAGGCGGGGGCCGGGGCGGCCCCCGGGAGCGGGACCCCCAGGGGGCAGGCUGCUGCUGCUGGCGGCAGGAGGAGCCACACGUAGCGCUGGGGCCGCGGCCGCCUGUUGCCGCAGCCGCCGCCGCCUGAGGCUGGGUGGGCCCCCCGGGUGCGGGGAAGCGGGGGCCCUGCGGG